CAUCAGAUUACCGGCACCGGUAUCCCAAAACAAGGUAAUGGAAUCACGUGACAGUACAGCCGCUGCCAAACGUCGAACCUCUGCUCUGACACCAAAGCUCUUUCACCUCGCCUCACCUCACCUUGCCGCAAUCUUCCCUUGCUCGCUCACUGACAACCCCAACACCAUACCGAUACCCCCUUUCCAGCCAACCAGCCAACGGGCAAGCAAGCAAACGAACAAAUACACCUCCACGAACCACCAACUAAUAAGCUAUCCGAAAAACUUUCCCUGUUAAUCGAUUGAUGAGAUUGUAAGGAAACACACCAAUCCAAGAUGGCGCAAUACUUCCUGGACCUGGUUUAUUCCCUUACCACCUGCAUGUCCUGCUUCCCCUCGUCACCGAACUUAACCAUAAACCAUCGAUCAUUCAAGAUCCUGCGAUUGCUCGGUGAGGGCGGGUUCAGCUAUGUCUAUCUGGUACAAGAUAACGCAGGGGCUUUGUAUGCUCUUAAGAAAAUUCGCUGCCCUUUCGGUCAAGAAUCUGUCCAACGCGCUAUGAAAGAGGUCGAAGCGUACAAACUCUUCAAUCAUGAAAACGUGAUAAAAUCCGUCGAUUACACAAUUACUAGCGACCGUUCGGCGAGUACCACCCUGGGCCGCAGCGAUGAUGGCGAUGACGGAUCGCAGAAAACGGUUUACAUAUUGCUACCGUACUUCCGUCGAGGGAAUCUACAAGACGCCAUCAACGCAAACUUGAUCAACCACACUAUCUUUCCGGAGGGCAGGCUAAUGCGGCUGUUCCUGGGUGUAUGUCGGGGACUACAGGCCUUACAUGAACACCGUUUGAAGCGGCCCGGCGAGGUGCGUGCUGGUGCCGGCGCAACAGCAGGAGGAGGAUCGGACGAAACCACAGAGCCCCUAAUGACCCCCGACGUCCUCUCCACCCAAGAGGGUGGCCAAGAAGGCGACAUAAGAGCCUACGCCCACCGCGACAUAAAGCCCGGAAACGUAAUGAUAGACGAUGACGGUCUCCGUCCAAUACUUAUGGACUUCGGCUCCAUGACGCCAGCGCCCACACCAAUAACAUCCCGCACGCUAGCCCUCUCAGUACAGGAUAACGCCGCCGAGCACUCCACAAUGCCAUACCGUGCGCCAGAACUCUUCGACGUUAAGACUGGCUCUGUCAUCGAUGAGAAGGUCGAUAUCUGGUCCAUGGGUUGCACCCUUUACUGCGCGCUCUAUGGAGACUCCCCGUUCGAAUUGGCUACUGAGGAGUCUGGUGGGAGUCUUGCCCUCGCGGUGUGUUCGGGGUCGUAUACCUUCCCCGAAGAAGGAAGGUUGGGCGGGAGGAAACCGGGACAGAGACCUGUUAGUGAGGGGGUUAAGGAGAUUGUCAGGAUGUGCUUGAAGGUUGAGCCCGCGGAUAGGCCGAAUAUUAGGGAGCUGAUUAGGGAGGUGGAGAGAGUAAUCGAGACGUCAGGGGAAGGUGAGGAGUGACCUUUUUUCCGCUUCGUUGGUAGGGAGGGAAGGGGGUAGUUUCGUUAUAACAAAAAAAAAAAAACCCCCAUCUUAUUUGAAAGUUUAUUGCGGUACUUUGCUUAUUUUCGUUCGCUUGUUCGCGGGUUGGGUAGGUGGCUGGUUGUUUUAAAAUCGGUCGAUUCAGGACCUGUUUUGCAUGUACCAAAAAAAAUAAAAAAUACUGUAGUAUCAUAUUUCCAUAAACGAAUGUGUUUGGCGGUGCUGGGUCUUUUAAUGGAGUAUUUGGGGACCUUGACAUGUCCCUGUAGUAUCAUA